GAGGAGCAGGAGGAGGAAGAGGAGGAAGGAGGAAGAGGAGGAUGAAGGAGGAGGGGAGGAAGGAGGAGGGGGAGGAGGACGGUGAGGAGGAAGGAAGGAGGGGAGGAAGGAGGAGGGGGAGGAUGAUGGGGAUGUAAACAGAAGGUUCGGAAAAAGACACACUGAAGAUCCUCCCUCCUGGUCCUGGUCCAGAAUCUCCAUCCUGGUCCUAGUCUUCGUCCAGAACCUCCGUCCUGGUCCUGGUCCAUGAUGGCGGUUCGGGGCCGAAGCCGGAGGACGAUGAGUUUCAGUUUGGAUUCAGUCGCCAGAGGAGACAGUUUCCCUCCGACCUCACAGCAGCCGACACCUGUGUUUCCUGUGAUGGAGCAAAAGCCCCUCCCCCUGACAGGUGGGGAGGAGGCGGAGUAUCUGUUGGCGCUAAAGCAGGACUUCAGAGGAGCCAUGAGGAGUCUGACGAGUUUCAUCCAACCAGCAGCUCCACAAAGAGAUGUGGAGCGUUACUCUGAUAAGUACCACCUCAGUGAGCAGACGGACCGACUCCUGGGCUGGAGCUCAGACUGGAAGAGAUUCCCUAAAGAGCUGAGAGUCUACAUCAGGAAACCUGCCAAAGACGGUGCGUCCAUCAGUCAGUCGGACAAACGUCAGUCGAUUCAGAAGAAGAAGAAGAAGGUCAGAGAAAAGCAGGAAGUGAUUUUCAAACUGGAGCCUGUGGAGAAGAAGGAGCAGAGCUCUGAGGAAGAGGAGGAAGAGGAGGAGGAGAAGAAGAAGCCAGAGGAGGAGGAGGUGGAAGAAGAGGAGGAGUACGAUGAGGAAGAGUUUGAGGAGGAGACCGACUACAUCAUGUCCUACUUUGAUAACGGAGAAGACUUUGGAGGAGACAGCGACGACAACAUGGACGAAGCUAUUUACUGAAACACCUGGUUCUUGAUCCUGGGUCUCUUCUGGUUGUGGUUGUUUCACUCUUCAAUGAGUUUUUUUGGAUGUUUUUUAUCUUUUGUAUAAACUUUAUUGUUCGUUGUGAAUAAACAUCUUCAUUUAAA